AUGAAAAUACGCGGUACCGGCGGCAGGACGCUCCACCGGAGGCUUCUGGCCAUGCACGUUGUUGCGUCCGUCAAUAUGGGUGCAGGGGCAGCGAAGUACAUGCUUCCCCCUUCGGAUACUUCGUGCCGGGUGUCUCAUCGAGCAUGGAUCGCUUCACUCCUGUUCUACGACGUGAGCGCACCACAGGCGGUAGCUGAUGGUGCGUGCCUGGUGCUGUUUCUCCUUGCAAAGACCAGCGUUACGAACGGCAACAGAACCCUCACCUCUUGGGAAAACGGCAUUACCUGGUGGUCUCGCUUCUGGGCCUGGAUAUACCUGCCAGUGUCAGGAACGGUUUUGGGCCUUAGCUUUCCUGGCGAGGUAAAUUCGGAGGGGACGGCGUGUUUCAAUAGCUACGGGGAGGAGACGGAAACUAGGGAGGUCGGCGAUGUGGCUGGAUUCGCUGGCAACAAUGUCUUGUUGACUGUCCAGUACGUGCUACUGCUGGCGAUGUUCAUAAAGCCAAUGCUUGUGUCGCACGGCAACACUCAAUCCGGCGGCGCGGUGUACCGCCGGGUGGUGAUCCGGAACAUAGUGUGCACUAUCGGCAUCGCCUGUGCGUACGUGAUCACGACGGUCGUGGUGGUCCUCGCGUUACUCAGCAGUCGGCCUGAUACAGACAAGGCGGCUGCCGUUGGAGACAUUGUACCAUCGAUCAACAUUUGCGUGACCCUGUGCCUGACCGAGGUGGGUGACGACAACGAGUUUGUAAUUUUUCCUUGCAUCAGCUGCAUUAUCUGCGAUACCGGCUUCGCCGGUUCUAGUCUACGAUACAACCCUGAUCCCACCCAGAUAGGCCGAGAAACCCCGCCGCUGAGCUUCCAAAGUCCACAGCUGCCUCAGCAAAAACGAUAA